ACGUUUUUGCGAUUUUCAGUCGUCUGUUUGCCAGAUUCCAGGUUGAAUGGGUUGAGAUUGAGCAGAGCUGUGAUAAUAGUGUCAAUAUAUAACCUGCAGUACGGCAAUAUUUUAUUUAGAAUGCAUGUCACAUACAUCGUUGUAUAAAUCCUCAAAUCCUUACUUAUCUUGUAUCUGCUGUUUUAAAAAUGUUGUUGCAUGUUCAGUUACGAUACCGAAGCUGGUGCGAGCAAAUCUAUUUCCAGGACCAAAGGGGUUAAAAUCGUGGCUGCACGGUCUCAAGUCUGGUAAUAUAGUUAGAUGCACUGGCAGCCCCCAUAGAAAUACAGGCAGACGCAGAAAGAGUUAUUUACACGUAAAAUAAAACAGCAAGACAUAUCUCCCAGUUUCAACAGAAACGCGAGCCAAAGCACGGAAGCGAAAAAAAACAUUAUGCAAAGGUUUCGGUAAUCCUGGGGUGCAGAAGAGAUUUUUAACGGAUGGAUGUUUGUUUCCUCACUCAUAGUUCAUUCGUUUUCAAACAAUGUUGGAAAGUGGAGGCAUUUCCUUACCCAAGGACAUGCAGGAGCUACAGAGCCUGCUAAGUGCAAUAAUGUACACCCUGAACAGCAAGUCAAAGCUUGCAGCUAUCAGGAGUACCCCAGUGGGACAGUACCUUGAUGGCCACCCCUUUUUUGCCCUGGCCCUGCUGGUGUUUGGUGCCAUGGCAACAGUACCCAUUGGCCUCUUCCUGACCUUCGCUAUUGUCACGUUUGUGACAGCCUCUGUUGGGUUUGUCUUCCUGCAAGGUUUCCUGCUGUCGCUCGGUGGAAUAGCCCUGCUGUGUGUGCUCUGUGGUCUCGCCAUCAUUGCCUUCGCUGUGUCUGUCAUCCUCCGUGCCUUCUACAUCACAUCCUCCAACGUGCUUGACUAUUACUACAGCCGCCGAUCAGCCCACAUGAAGCAGGACACCAUAGGAAGCUGUCCAGGAUGUGAGAGUGAUGCCUCUUCCUGCCCCAACCCAAGUUUUCAGAAACAGAAAGGACAGUAACAGCAGAGCCAGGAUGCUUUCCCACACCUGCUAUGAGAAAAACAACAACACAUUUAAAAAAGCACUGAGCAUGAAACACAUAUUUGUAAUGUUAUCAGCAGUUCUGUAGUGUAAUAUUUACAUGCAGUUGGGUUAAAUUUAAUAGCACAUUAUCCUUUCAUAUAUAUAUAAUUUGUUCUACUAUCCGUUUUGAGUCUGCUUUGUGUUUAAGUUUAAAGAAGGACUUGCAUCUCCAUUGAUUAUUAUUUAGCAAAUUCAUAUAUUUCAGUUAUUGUGAAAAAAUCCAUGUUUGCAUUAAUUGUAAUUAUACCCACAAGCACAUUAGUUGAAAUAAUUGCUAUAUAUAUUUGUGUAAUCCCCUUAAUUAUUUCUUGUUCCACACCCAUCACUAAGAAGCCACCUAGAAUGUAUGCCAAACUUUAUAUACCUUAUAGUAUUAUUUAAGCAAAAUACCCAAAACAGAAAAUUGUUGUGACUUUUCUGUCAAUGAAGAUAUGGAAUGUGCUUGUUUUCCCUUUUAUUCUUCUACUGGGGAAAGCAGUUUCCCCCACUUUAUUCUCCUGGAGGUGUGAAAGGAUGUUGCUCCCAGUUUCUGGUGAUCAGGUCUCAGGCAGGUUUUCAGGGAUUAUUGAAUUUUUCUUGGUCUGUUUGGAAGAUUUGUGGAGAUUGACACAUUAAUCUGUUAAAGCUAAUAAUAAGAUUAUGAAUAAGGUUAUGGAAUGUGGUGUUUUACUGCCAUUGCUAUCUGUUAUUAUGAAGGCUAAUUAUCUUUGCAUUACCUUGUUAAGUUUUGAUCUAACUUUGUACUGGAUAGCUUGUCCAUUUUAGCUACCCUCCAUACGCCCAAAAUUAAUGCAUUCCUGCUUUGUACCCAAAAUUAUUAUUCCUACUGCUUUCUCUAAUGUGGUAAAGUUUUGAUAAAGUAAAUAUAAUUAAAAUAGUACUAUUGUCUGUCUUUGAAUGUAAAAAAGAGCCUUUCUAAAUAUUCAUUAUUAUGCUAUUAAAUAGUAUUCUUCUGCAAACAAUUUGUAAGAUGUUUUCUUGGACAAUAAAAGUUUAUUUCCAUUCUA